UCCACACAAACGAGCGCGAGGGAGAGAGAGCCAGCGGUGAAUAAUGUUUACCACUCACUCACUCUGUGGAAUCUAUCAGGAGUCGAAAGUUUAGUCAGUUUUGGCCGCAUUCAUUUCACCAGAAAGUGUCGUUCAAACUGCAACCGUUUAAAAUCAUCACAAAUAAGGAUAUAUCAGCGGCUGGAUCGACUGAAUGAAACCAUGAGGAAUAAAAAACACGGCGGUUGUCGCGACCUAAACUAACGUGACUAUCGAUCUAACAGAGCCAAGCUUUUGAAAACGCCGAGCCAGGUACUUCGACUUUUCAACGGUCGCCUUUUUUUCUGCGGGUUUACCUGCGCUUACGUGGCACUUUCUUUUGACCUGGAGAUUUAUUAUCAAAAAUCACGUUUUUAGUUAUUUUUUAUCAUCUUUUAUCGUGGCGAUGCGAGGUAUUUUCAGAGGUUUAGUAAGUUGCGUGGCCGGGACUAGUUUGCUUGCGCCGGGCAGCCAAUCAGCGGAAUAACACUCACUGUUUUUGCAUUAAUUUAUCACAUUUUGCCUUAUUCGCGCGAUAACCUUCAAAAACAGAUUGCUACCGCGCCCUUCAGAUAUUGACAGCCGGUUUCGAGGUGAGCUUUCGUAGGCAGGAGAAGUGUCAGCGCUGCGCGUGUGUUUUUGGGCUGGUAAAAUGGAUGCGGGAAUGGAGAAGGAGUGCAGCGCUUUGGGAGGGCUCUUCCAAAUCAUCAUGAACGACAUGAAGGCAAGUUAUCCUGCUUGGGAGGACUUUGUCACCAAAGGGGCUAAGCUGCAAUCUCAGUUAAGGACAACAAUCAUCGUCACUAGCUCAUUCCUGGACGCUUUCCAGAAAGUGGCUGACAUUGCAACUGGAACACGAGGAGCGACAAAAGAAAUCGGAUCAGCUUUAACCAGAAUGUGUAUGAGGCAUCGAAGCAUUGAGAAUAAGCUCAAACUGUUCACGACGGCUCUUAUGGAUAACCUGAUUACUCCUCUGGAGCUGAAAAUUGAAGAGUGGAAAAAGGUUGCCAGUCAGCUGGAUAAAGACCAUGCCAAAGAAUAUAAGAAAGCACGUUCAGAGAUCAAAAAGAAAUCUUCGGACACGAUUAAACUGCAGAAGAAAGUCAAAAAAGGUAAAGACGAGGUGCGGAUGCAGUUGGACAGCGCUCUUCAGGACGUCAACACACGCUACGCUGUGUUGGAGGAGACUGAGAAGAGAGCUGUGUGUCGAGCUCUUAUUGAGGAAAGAGGAAGAUUCUGCUCCUUCGUCACCAUGCUCAAACCUGUCCUGGACGAAGAGAUAAGCAUGCUUGGCGAAGUCACUCACUUGCAGACAAUUCUAGAAGAUCUUGGCAACCUGACGGCUGAUCCCAACACACUGCCUCCUGCGAGUGAACAGGUUAUUCUUGAUCUGAAAGGCUCAGACUACAGCUACUCGUAUCAGACUCCACCUGCAUCUCCUAGCAACACUUUAUCACGCAAGAGCAGCAUCAGCAGUAACUACACCUCUGUGCGUCACGUCCCAUCUCUGGACUCCAUCUCCAGUGCAGUGGACGGGCUUCACCUGCGAGCACCAGACAUUACACAGCGCUCACGCAGUCCUCUCCUCCAGGUCGGAGGAGAGGAAGGCGCUCGCUCUCUCAGUGAGGGAAAUUCUCCCACAGUCCGUCGCUCCGGCCACCGCGGCCAACACCUCCGGCACAGGAGCACUGAUCAAGGUCAGAACUCUCCGGGCACAGAAAAUGGCACCUCCAUGCCUCCACUGCACAAAAUUUACAGCGGGCAUGAGGAGAGAGUCAGGACGCUGUCCUCCUCUGGCAAGCCACAGUCAGCGCGAGAGCAGCUGGCUCUUACUCUGGGAGGAGGACUUAAUUCUGAAGCUCCUCGAACCAGCAGGGAUUCCCUUCACUGCUCCAGCGGAUACAGCACUCAGACCACCACGCCGUCCUGCUCUGAAGACACCAUCCCCUCACAGCACGUGAUAAAGAAAGAACCUCCUCUAUAUGACUAUGACUACAUCUCUCUGCAUGGAGGAGAGGAUGCUCACAGCCAGUCUGAUUUUGAUAAAUCUUCCACAAUUCCUCGCAACAGUGACCUGAGUCUCAAUUACCGCAAAAUGUUUCAAAGCAAGAGGCCGGCAUCUACCGUCAGUCUGCUGAUGGAUCCGGAGCCUUUAGGUCCUCACACAGCCACCAUCCGCCGUAAACCCUCCAGCAAGCCCAACAUCCGCAGAGGAACCAUCAGUGGAGGCGUCCCUAUACCCAUUUCCACACCGCAGGUCCCACUGAAGGCGUCCAUUUCUACCGCUGGGCUGAGUGGCAGUGAUGACAUCACAUGUCCUCCUGGAGUAACUCAAAGCAACAGAGUGCCCGGCUCUGAUUUAGCUCACGCCAGGCAUAAUCUGUGUACGUCCACUCAAAGUCUGAGCGCAAUGCCGCCUCCAUACUAUUCAAUGUUCCCUGGGCAGCCACCAGUGGGCAGCACAGAGCCGCUGUAUCAAAUGAGCAAGCAACAGCAGUUCACACUGCACCAACAACAACAGAGGCAGUAUCAGCAACAACAACAGCAACAUUACAACCAAAAGCAAUACAAUCAAUACAAUCACCAACAGCAAUACAAUCAAGAGCCGCAGUAUCAACAGAUCCAUCACAAAGAGCUCCAACAGAAACUCAAACAUCAAGUUCAGCAGCAGUUCCAAAACACGCUAGCUCACAAUUCCAGCAUGCCAAAUGAAAGCGGCCGGAAUAAUUCAGCGCAGCCUGGCACGGAUCAUACAGACGGCGCUCCUGAACCGAGCAGCGGAGGAGGAGAUAUGUUAAGUAUGAUACGUAGAGGAGUGAAACUUCGUAGGACACUUACCAACGAUCGUUCGGCGCCUUUAAUCACGCCUAACUAUCUCAACUGAUUAAAUUUUUUUCGUUGAAUUCGUCUGUGGCUUUUUUCGUUUAGUGAAUUCGUUCGAGCUUUUUCCUGUUGCGAUUUUGAGUAUUUUUGUUUUUUAAGUGGAGGCAAAACUGUUGACGACUCUUGCCACUCGAAAAGACGUUCGAUUUAAGUACACUGUGCUCUAAGAACAAACGUUUUGCAGCGCCCGUGCGAAUGUCGCCUCUUAAUAAAGUUGAUUCUGCAGGCUACGUGCUUUACAUAUAUAUGUAUACUUAUAUAUACAGAUAUAUAUGUAUUUAGAGAUCUAGAUUGACCGUCGGAGCUUAAAGAUAUAUUAAAGUUAUUUGUUUAUGUCGUAUUCGUAAGCACUCAGCCUUCAGGUUAGAGAUCAAAAAACUUGUGUAUAUAUUAGCGAAACUAUGGAAAGACUGUUGUAUUAUUCACCUCUUUGUUUGUUUCUCGUUUGUUUUGGAGAUUAGAUAAAGCAGCACUAGGCGUCUAUUUUUGUACAGUUUAGGGUAACUGAAAACUGCACCACUGCCUUUAAUCCACCCAAUGUCUGUAAACGGAUUCAGCCAAUGAGUGGAGAGGAUGGGAGGGACUGAGCGAUGCGAUUGGGUGGAUGAAUGAAGGACUGGAAUAUAGUGGAUCAUAUUUGUGUUGCUUAUGACUGUGAGAGCUUACGAAGGCAUCACUGUGGUUAUUUAUUCAACCUGUUUGAUUCUCGAUCAUUUUUAAUCGUUCGUUUGUUUACCAAAGCUUUGAUGCUGUAGCCCCGUAGUAGAUGCGUAUAAAUUUGCUCUCCUGGAGGAUUUAUUAUAAAGACUCGAUUCGUAAAACCUCAAUCUUGUGGCCUAUGACUUUUUUUGAGCAAUGUUUUGUUUUUGUAUUUGAAUCAAAGACAUUUCUUGAAACAAUUGUACUGUUCCUGGAAGGAAAGUGAAUGAUUGCAUUAGUUUUGUAGAUUGAAUUCUCUUUUGUUGCCUUGAAAGUCAAAAGUGCUCCAUUUAUCUAAUUUAAAUAAACCGUAUUGAAUGGAA